AACAUCGCAGCAGUCCGCCAUUUUUCACGAUUCUCCAAUGUUUUGAAAACAUAAAUAAAGGUUAAAAAUAUUUGGAAACGUUUUCCUAAAAAUGGAUAACAAUAUGCUUUGCAAUAACACAUUGAAUUUUUCUGAAAAUUCCCAAUUGAGCCACAAAAUAUAUGAGGCUCAGGACUCGAUGCAGACUGCAAAUCCUGCAGAUUUCGAUUUUGCGACCCCAAUGCGCAAUUCCUUCAUAAAAAACCCGGAAGAUUGCAUGAAAUACGCGUAUUCAAACGACAGAGAGAACUGGGCCAUAUCCAGCGAUCAUUGUUAUGCCAGACCGUGGAAUUGGCGGCCAGAGAGCAGUUUUUUGAGGCCCGCUAAAACUUUGUUUAUUCAAAAAUCACAACACAAAAGUAACAGAAAGUCGACAAAUCCUCUGGCGCCGUUGCAAGACGCUGAAGAUUUAAUAGAUGUGGACAGUGAGCCUGUCGAUCAACCACUUAAUUAUGAUUUUGAUAAGGCUAAACAGUUAAUGGACGAGUGUGAUAGGUUUGUUGAAACAGUGAAUCCUGAAGCCGAAGAGGAUGAGGAAAAUUGGGAGGACAAAAUUGAUAAAUCCUAUUGGACAGUGAACCAAAAUAGAGUUUACCAAGGCUUUGUAAACGUAUUGAAUAUGUACCAUUUGGCCAAAUUGGCGCAAACUAAUGCAAGGCACGAGCCUAUCAUUAGAAGGACAGUGGUGGAUAAGGCUGCUCAGAGAGUUAGACGAGUAAUGGCCUUAGUUAGUUGGGAUACAACUACAUGCCAAUGGAUUCAUCAAUUGUUGAUUGAUAAUUUAAGUAAAGAUUACUUAGCUGCCUAUUUGGAUAUUUUACAGACAUUAAAAUACGUGGUUCCAUCAUUUGCGGAAAAAUUCAUGCAAAACUGUACACCAAAACUGGCCACCCUAAGCAACGAGAGCCUGACCCCAUUGUUAAAGAGACCUUGGGACCCGGUGGAGUCCAGUUUACAACUGGACAAGCCCAAAAAGCUCCCUGGAAAUCCAGUUUUGGUGGUGGUGCCUUCCGGACCCACAAUGCCAAAAAGGAUGCAGAAGUGGGUGACCCAACUGUCCAAUUUGGGUACUGUUAUAACAAUACCAACUAACAUUGGUUCUACUGGUCACCGAAUGACGAUGGGCCAUUGCGCCGACCAGCUGUUUGUGACCACGAGAGCCAAGAUACAGGAAAUCAAGGCCGAUCACCCGGGCAGAGGUAUCGUGCUGGUGGGAUUUAACACCGGCGCGACUUUGGCGCUGCAAAUCGCGCAGGUCGACACCGUUUUGUGCGUCGUUUGUUUGGGUUUUUCGCUGCUGACGGCCGAAGGGAGGCGCGGGGAACCGGACGACAACAUUUUGGAGCUUCAAAUUCCCGUUCUAUUUGUCAUAGGGCAGUGUUCCAACACGUCUCUCCAAGAAGAUGUAGAGGAUUUAAGGGAGAGGAUGAGAGUGGAAACAGGACUGAUUGUAGUUGGCUCUGCUGAUGAUUACUUAAGGGUUAACAAAAAGAAAAAGAGAUCUGAAGGAAUAACUCAGAGCGUUGUCGACAGAUGCGUUGUGGACGAAGUGGGGGAAUUCGUGAGCGGCAUAAUAUUGUCGCCGUUCCCGCCGCAGCUGCGCCAAAGCCCCGCGCACGGGCUCUCCGACGGCCCGCUGGGUUCCAAGAAGGGAACGAAAAACGAACGCAAGCGUUACAACUCGAACGCGAGCUCUUUGGACAGCGAACCGCCGUCGCCCACCCCCAGGAUUACACGACCAGGUCAUAACACUAAUUCACUCUCCGCUUUUGGCCGACCGCCCGGUUCCAAGGCCAAAUCGAAGCUGGAAGCCAAAUGGGCCGCGCAGAUAGCACAAGGUACCCCCCAAACCCCCUCGCCGGGCAGCAGCCCCUCCCACACCGUUUUCACUCCCGACACCUCCUCCAACGACAGCUCCUUCACCGACAAACCACCUACGCAACCCGCCCCAAUCGCCCCCAACCCCCCUCCCCUCACUACCACUCCCACCGUCCCCUCAAACGUCAAAAAAAUCAAAACGCUUCGACCGUUCGAAAAAGCUAAACACACCGUCGCAGGUGGCGCCGCCACCAAGCAGCAGACGCAAGCAGCCAAGCUACAAGCUUAUGGUUUCAAUCGAUCUAUGAUGGCAGGUGGACCAAUGUCAACUUUACUUCAAGGAGGAAUUAAAACUCUGCCACCGUCGCAAUCUAAAGCUUCAGGAAUCAAAGUUCUUGAAAACGUCACACUAAACAGCAGCGCCACCGCAAAAUUAAUAUCGAACACUGGACGUACUAUAGAUCUUUCGAAAAUAACUGUAAUUAAUCCAUCGAAUCAGGGAAAAUGCGGAAAUAAUAUGGGAAACGUUAUUCUUUUGCCCGAUGGAAAAAUAAAGGCUGUACAUGGAUCCACUAUUAAAGGUACAGGAAACACACCCAUACUACUACCAGGGAUCAAAGGUGGGAAAUACAUAACCUCUAAACGUCAACUUAUAGGAAACAAACCGCCAAGGCCCCUAAAAAAGAUCUCCUUUAUGCACCAAAACUCAAUGCAGACCCUACCGCCCCCUACAAAUUUGACAACGCAGGAUAUAAUGGACCUGCCGAUCAUUUUCGCCGACGAUAAUCAGAUCCUCGACACUCCCAUAGCGGAAGAUCUGACAACGUCGGUGCAAAUGCAGCAACCGAAAGUUGCUCCUCCAACAAACACCAACAAGUUUGUGCUUGUUAACAAGCAAAUGUCGAGUAGCAGCAACUUCAUAAUAUCGCCAAGCGUGAAGAAAAGUCCGAUAAACUUGCAGAAGCAACAGCCCAAAUACACGAAAAUAAUUCUUUCCAAGAGAAAUUCCACGGAGGAAAAGAAAGGUUCCAACUUAAUUACAAAAAUAUCCGGUCUGCCUUCCGAUAUCACGGUCAAAAAACUGGAGAGUAGUUCGAGUUCCACCUUCACUUUGGCUUCACCGGAUGAAGCAUUCGAUCUGGAAAACGAACUGGUUGCUACUGCAGUUCCAAAACCGAAUCUUUCCACGUCAGAUGUCAAAAACAUCACCAUUUUCAAGCAAGCGUCCGGAGGUAUUAAUUCCCCGUUGCAUCCGCUUUACUGCGGAGAUCUGAAAAGACCCAAAGAAAGGAUGGAAGUGGAUUCAGACGAUCCCGAUUACAUUCCACCAAAGAGUAUGAAGUACGAAUGAAGUUAGUUUUAAAAGUUUAAUGAGUUUAUUUUGUACAUUUUUUCAGCACACAAGUUUUAAAUAAAACGUUGUGUAUUAUGGUUUUUUUGAUUUUAUUUAGUGAAUGAAAUACAAAUAUUAGAGCACCUUUUUAUUUAAAAAGUUAUUAUUAAUAACAUUUCAAAUUCUAACAUAAAUCUUCGCACCCACUGUCUCCAGUUGCGUAUGGUUUUCCACCUUUUUCAGCCCUAAAAACGUUUUAUUUUUAUUUUACAUUUUUUUGGUGCAACAAUUUUUUACCCUUGUCCAUAGUUGCAAGCGUAUAUUUUAUGAUAUUUUCCGGAUUGUUGGUAGAAUACAUAACUACAGCCUAUAUCUUUUAGAGGAGCCCAUACAAUCUAAAAAUAACCCAAUAGAAUCAAAUCUUUAUAAAAAAUAUACACUCACAGGCAAAAUA